GCUGUGUGAGGAGCAAUUGCAGAGGCUGCAGUUUUGGCAGGGUUGCCAAUUGAGGUUGCAAGGCAUCUUUUUGGCAGCAGUGAGUGCUGGGAUAGGGCAACCAGUGUGGAGUAGCCAUUGUUUUGGUGCAUGCAAUCAAGAAUAUCAAUAGCAAACCAGUUCACAGCAAUGAUAUCAGAAGAGUAUCAUUGCAAAGGGCAUAAACAUUUAGCUGAGCAAUUUGCACAGUUUCUUGGUGAUGAUGCAUUGAUAGUGAAGGUUACAAAGACACACUUUCGUCAAAGCCCCCUUCUAAGUGUGAAGCCAAGUUGGGGGCUUGCAAUGUUUGGACAUACUAAGCACAUUGUGGAAGUGACUUGUGGUGAUAAUGGAAAAACAUUUACACUCCGAUGGGGUGGGAGGAGGGAAUUCCUAGGAGGCAAGGAUUGGCUGUACUAUUGUGAUGAUCGUGGGCUAAAGGUUGAUGAUUAUAUCGUGCUUUACUCCCCAAAUCCAGAUAACAUGCAUAUUUGGGCUUUUCCUUCUGCAAUUGCAUCUCAAGUGGUAGAGAGGCCUUUACCACUCAAUCUGUUCCACCUUACUGCACCAUCUAUUUCUAUGGAGACUGGUGUGGUAGUGAAGGAGAUGCAAACACCACCUAUGCCUAUGAUAGAACAAGCUCCAAGUGUUGAGUGCACAAACUUUUCGAAGAGCAUAAUGGCUAAUGAUAGUAUGCAAGUUAAGGGUGUUAUGCAACCAAGGGCUGAAUUUCCUAAGUUAUCUUGCUUACGAUUUCUUGCAUGGUGA